UCAAAAAAGGCAAGGCGUGAAUUAAAUUUAGAAUACUACCUGCAACUGUAACUGCAAGGUUUGGUUUGUUUUGCUUAAUCUUCGUGUACAGUGUUUGAUAAGUUGUGAGAAAUAAAUUGACCUGAAAUUAUCAGUUCACAUUAAGAACAAACGAAGAGUCAUUUAAUUUUGCUUUUAAUUCAAAUAAUUCACUUCUUAUCAUGGAUCAAGCAACAAAAAUUCGUGCAUUAUUUGAGGAUGAUAAAUAUAAUUCUCUAUCAGUUUUAUUAAACGACUUGAACAGCUUGUUACAGUAUAAAAUCGAUAAAAUGGGUUCAGUGUUGUCAGGCAUAGUCGGUAUUGAAUUUUUGGAUGAGGUUAAAUGCACUAUGGCUCAUGAAAUUGUGCCUAUAUAUUUUGGUAAAACGCUAAGAGACCUAAAAUGUAUUAUUAAGGAUGACACUGACAGAGAACAUAAGCUGUUUUUUCAUUACAAUGGGCCUAAAAAGUUAUCUGUUACAAAGAUAUUAAUCCCACAUUCAUCCCUUGAAAACCAAGUAUUUAGUUCAAUAAGAGAAAUGAUUCUUGCGUUCAAGAAUCAUUUGAACAGUUUACUUAAUUAUUUUCAUCAAUUAGAUAAAAUAGAUCGAUUUUGCACAGUAGUAGAACCACAAGAAAUAAAUUAUAAAAGUGAAUUUAGGCGAAUUUUACUUGAUGAUCGAGCUCGACUGCAUAUAGAAGUCACCUCAGAAGGCCUGGCAAACAAUGUACAUCUUGUUGGACAAUUUGGUCAGUUAAAUGCUAAGUUGCAAGCAGGCCUGUUGGCUUGGGAUCAUGACAAGGAUAUAGUUGAGAAUAUUAUGACCAUUUUUGACAUGGUGAAUUUUCCUACAACAGCACCUGAGAAUGUUUCAGUUUCGACACCAGCAAUUUCCAAACUACCUAAAAAGGAGGCAGAUGCACAGAAAAAAGCAGGAGGAGUAUCAAAAAAGUUAGAGGAACAACAGCCAAUGACCUCAAAAGAAUCAAAAAUAGAAAAUGCUCCAAUCUGCAAUAUAUGUCUUUGCUCUGAUCUGCCUGAUAAGUCAGAGAUACCAAAAAACCACUGCCAAAAUCCUUUUUGUGGGAUUAACUUUCAUAGGAGUUGUUUGAUUCAGUGGCUGAUGGCAACUUCAGAGGGUGGGAGCUCUGGGUGUGGUAUUAUUUCUGGAAAAUGUCCUGGUUGCUUUGAUAUUAUUGAAUGCGAUGAAUAAAUACUAAAUGAAGGUUAAAACUGAUAAUAAUUGUGCGAGAAAGUGAAGCUAAACUCCAUAUUGUACAAAAUUAAAAAUAAAAUAUUUUUAUUAAUAUAAAAAAUUAAGAUGAAAUUCAAUCCU